AUGCAGGUCGACUCGCAACAGCCUCAGCAGACGCUCAAGCGCCCCGCUGAAGACGACCCAACUGCUGCGACGGCCGCGGGAGGUGACCCGUCCGCCUCGACCUCGACCGGCGACAACAAGCGCGCGCGCACGCAGGAACCGGGCGAGGCAUCGACACCGGGUGCAGCGAUGGAUGACGGGGCGGAAGACGGCGACGCGAACCAGCGUUCGGCCAAGGAGGCGGGCAUGUUUGGCGACGACGCUGCCAACGUCUCGAAGCGGCUCACGACGGCGCGGCGGUACCUUGCGACGCAGACGCACCCCGUCAUCGUGCCUUCGUACGCGACCUGGUUUAGCCUCGCGACCAUCCACCCGAUCGAGCGCCGCAGCCUGCCCGAGUUCUUCAACUCGAAGAACCGCUCAAAGACGCCGACCAUCUACAAGGACUACCGCGACUUUAUGAUCCACACGUACAGGCUCAACCCGAGCGAGUACUUGACCGUGACGGCGUGCAGGCGGAACCUCGCGGGAGACGUCUGCGCCAUCAUGCGCGUGCACGCCUUUCUCGAGCAGUGGGGACUCAUCAACUACCAGAUCGAUGCCGACUCGCGCCCAUCCUCUCUCGGCCCUCCCUUCACCGGCCACUUCCGCAUCCUCGUCGACACCCCUCGAGGUCUCGCUCCCCUUCACCCCGGCACGAAGCCCUCCUCCACCACUGCCUCCGGCACCUCCAUCCGCACCGACCUGAUCAAGACGGACCCUUCCCGUCCGGCGACAGCCGACAUCCGCCUCUCCUCCGCAACCGCCUCUUCGCUCGCUGACCAAGCUCUCGCCGCCCAAACCGCCGCCGAAACGUCACCCGCCGACCCUCAGCGCAACCUGAAACCUUGCCACACCUGCGGAACGACCACCCCAACCGUGCGAUACACGUCGCUCAAAUCCAAGGGCGAGGUGUCGCUCUGCGGCGCGUGCUACUCCGAGGGCCGCUUCCCCUCGACGAUGCACUCGGGCGACUUUGUCCGACUCGACGCGGACCCGUUCGCGCACGCCGAGACCGAUCCCUGGUCGGACCAGGAGACGCUCCUCCUGCUCGAAGGGAUCGAGAUGCACGACGAAGACUGGGACAAAGUCGCCGACCACGUUGGUACGCGCACGAAGGAACAGUGCAUCGCCAAGUUCCUCAAGCUCCCGAUCGAGGAUGGCUUCCUUGCCGAGGCGGGAGGAGCGGCGAACGGCCCGUAUGGGUUUGGGAGGGUCCCGCUUAGCAAGACGGAUAACCCGGUCAUGAGCGUUGUGGCGUUCUUGGCGGGUGCGGUCGACAGGAAGGUUGCGGCCAAGGCGGCGGGAGAGGCGAUUGAGGAGCUCGAGAAGGGCCUCAAGGAGAAGAAGGACAAGGCGCAGGCGACGGGCGGCGAUGGGAUGGAGGUCGACGGAGCGGUGAAGACGAACGGCGAGGCGUCCUCCGCAGUCGAGAAGAAGGAGGAAGACGCCGACGAGGACCCGCUCGCCGACUCGUCGCGCACUUCGGCCACCUCGAACAUCCAAAAAGCCGCCCUCACCGCCCUCGGCUCGGCAGCAGCGAAAGCGCACGCCCUCGCACUCGAAGAAGACGCCUCGCUCCACUCCCUCGUCACAGCCGUCGUCGAAGCUCAAGUCCGCAAACUCGAUCUCAAGCUCAAGCACUUCGAGGAGCUCGAACAGCUCGUCGAGGCUGAACGGCGCGCGGUCGAAGUGCAGAAGCAGGAGCUGUUCGAGGACCGCGUCAAGGUUGCGCGCAUGCUGGAGGAGGCGGCGAGGCUCGUCACCGCCGCGAGGCAGAACGCGGCGCAGGUCCAGCCUGCAGAGGUGCAGGCGCAGAUGGCGCAGAUGGGGUACGUGCCGCCGAGGGCGCAGCCGGUGCAGAAUCCUGGACCCGCGCCGGCGCAGGACGGUGCGGCUGUUCCGCUGGCGUGA